AUGGAAAGUGAGAAUACCAAGAAAAUACAAGAAAUGAAGACAGACCUGAAUUUACUGUUGGAAUGUCUGAAGUAUCACAUGGGCAACCCUUUGUCACAAAAGGAAGUUUUGAUCACUAUUCAUUCAGUUUGUCAACAAAACAGUGAUGCAGGUGUUUAUUUCCGAGAAAUUGGUGGUUUGAUGUUUGUAAAAAAUCUUGCAAAGUCAAGUGAGCAUAGCAUGGUAAAAGAAGCAGCCUUAUACACAUUAGGAUCUAUUGCAGAAGAAAAUGUUUACUGUCAGCAAACUUUGUGUACUUCAGAGUUAUUUCAAGAUUUAAGUUGGUUCUUAUCUAAUGAUGAUUCCAACACUAAUUUGAAAAGAAUGUCCGUCUAUGUUCUUUUGGUUCUGGUUUCUAAUAAUAGGAAUGGACAAACGCUUGUAAGAGAAACCGGUUGCAUUAAAGUUCUGUCACAGUUGUUCAGGACAGUUCUUCCAAAUUAUGAAUUGAAUUUGUCAGAUAAUAAUGUGUUCCAGAGUUAUCUGUUGUGGGCUUCAGUGUGCAGUACUCUGUGUGUCUGUGUCAACAAUCCUCAAAAUGAUGAGAAUCAAAUGCUUUGUUGUUUACUUUUUCCGUAUGCUAAUGAAUGGCUAAUGAAUUGCAUGAAACCUGAGAUAAUUCGACCUCUAUGCUCAUUUAUUGGACUUACUCUUGCAAAUAAUACACAUGUUCAGAACUGCUUUGUAUCUUCUGGUGGACUGGAUGUUUUGUCUCAAGUUCUUGUGCAGCUGGAGUCUGAUUCACACAAUACUUCUUCCAGUGCUAAGCUUGCAGUGGUAGUGACAAAGACCGUGGAUGCAUGUAUUACUAAUAAUUUAGCUACUUUUUCAUUGAUAUUAUCCAAAUACCACAUUGUUUCAAAACUUCUGGCCUUACUGCUUCAUGAGAGUCUUGAUUCAGGGGAAAAAUUUAGCAUCAUACUUGCCAUUGGUCACUGCACAGAGGAUUGUGAGGAAAAUCAGUAUGAACUUUUAAAAAGCAAUGGGCUUCCACUAAUGAUACAAGCCUUAACUGAAUUUAAGAAUGAAGAACUAAACAAAGCUGCCAUUUAUGUGCUUCACAACUGCAAAAAAAUUACUGAGAAAUUAUCUCUAAGUCAAGGAGAGAAUUCUUUUAGUGAAAAUGAAGCAGACCAAAUAAAGGGCAUAAAUGAAAAAGAGAAUGUUGAAGAGCAUUGGAAGUCAGCAAAGGAAAUUAUAUGCAGAAUGAAACAGCUUGAAAGAGAAGGAAAAGAGGAAAAAUUACAAAGUGGACAAUGUAAGGAUAAUACCUCACCUAUGAAAGUAAAAAUACAGAACAAUUUGAAACACCUCUGUGAAGACAGUAUUGGAAGUAACAAAGCAGAAAAUAAGGAUAUAAACCAGUCUAGACAGCUUCACAGUUUUAAGUCCAGUGGAGUCACAUCUAAAGCUUGUGCAAAUGAAAACCAAAUGAAGACUCUGAAAAAGAACACAAAUCCUCUUAAUCCUUGCUAUAGGGAGAAAGGGCAGAAUAAGAUUUUACAUAAAGCCACUUCAAGCUGUACUCAAAACUUAAAUGAAAAAAUGACUUUUAACCAAAAGGAUUCUGUUUCUCAAUCAAGUGACCAUGUUGUUGAACAUCCGACUCACAUUGUCAAAAAUGGAAGGCAGCAAGUAUCAGUAACAGAUCCAUUUACAUUGUGUUUAGACAUAAUAGAUAAAGAAGUUGGUUUUCAAGCAAGUGACAACUGUUCCAAAAUGUUGAAAUAUAGGUGCUCAGGUUGCAUAGCAGUAAGAAAACUCCUCAAUAGCCGAAAUUUUAGCAAGCUUUUGCACUCUUGUGCAUACCUAUGUGAUCAUCAUAAAGUCAUUAUGGAAGCUGAAGAUAAAUAUAAAAGUGAACUAAGGAAAGCACUUAUCUGUGGCAAAGAAAUUUUGCUGACCCCCCGUAGAAGACAACUUAGUAAAGAAUCUACUGCUUCUGAAGGACUAAAAGCUAUUCAUCUAAAACCAGAUAGUCAAAAACUUCCAAGUUUGGAGGAACAUGCCUGUAAUACCAGCAUUCCAGAGGCUAAGGCAAGAAGAUUCCGAGUUCCAGGCCAGCAUGGACUACAUAAAAAAAGAAGAAUUCGUAAAAACUUUACCAAAGAAGAAGUAAAUUAUCUUUUUCAUGGAGUUAAAAAAAUGGGAAAUCAUUGGAAUUCAAUUUUGUGGUCUUUCCCCUUUCAACAAGGACGAAGGGCUGUAGACCUUGCUCACAAAUACCACAAGCUGAUCAGAGGCCCCAACUGUGCAACCAUAUGACUAGAGGAGACUCAGUUUUUUUGUUUGGACU